AUGGCACAACUAUCACCUCGUAUCGAGGCACGUCAUCCUGAUUUUUCAGGUCGUUUUCGUCAUUCAGAAGAAUUUCUGAAUAAGUCACCACCAGAUGAUGGCUCAAUUCGUCGUUUUCAUCGGAAUCCCAAAGACGACAACCUCACCACUUCCCUGAAUCAUCUGAAAAUGGUUGCCCGUGUAACGAAUGGAAUCUACCUCCAAAAUGGACUCACCUCUGGAACCAUCCCCGCCGACAAACUGAUCUCCGAACUCCUUCGCUUUGGCUCCGUCACCACCACUCAAAUUGCUGCCAUCGACAGUUCGAAGAUUCAGAAGGCUGUCGACACGAUGAAAAGUCUUCCGACCACUCUGAAACCGUCUACAAAAGUGGCAAACGUUGAAAAAACUCUGGAUUUAUUCAAAAAAAUCCUGGAUGAUAAUAAUGGGAUCACUGAUUUGAAAGUGAGACCGAGGAUGAACGAUUUCAAUGCGUUGCUCACGGAACUGUCGACGAAUGGAGUCCAAAUGGGAGCAAUUGGGGAUGUAAUCAGCAAUGUUGAAUUCAACUGGAAAUCACCUCUCACGGGGACCAACAACAAACUCGAUGAAAAAACGGCCGACGUUCACUUCACAAGUGCAAAGCAAGCGCUAGAGGCGUUCAAGUCAUCUGGCGCCAAAUUGAAAGUGAUGCCUUCCCUCUGGACCUCUAAAAAGUUUAGCUCGGCUGAAGAUGGAAUCCAGGAAGAUAUCCGGAUUUUGAGCUCUCUGAACACGCUGAAAUCCGCCUUCACCGAUCUCACACGAAAACAAGAUGAAUGGUCAGAAUACUCUGGAUUCAUUGAUGGGUUCUUGACAACUGUGGCUUCAUUGAAACCAGCACAGUCAGAUGUUGAGAAUGUGAAGACUGUCUUGGAAGCAUAUCAGCUGGAGAGUAGAAAACGAUCACUGGAAUACAUUUCUGGAUUUUCAAACGGGCCUUCUGACAUGGGACAGAUCUCGGUCGAUUUAACGGAUCAAUGGAUGAAAGAUGUGGUGAAGUCAGAUCGACUAAGUAUUGCAAUGAACGGGUUGAAGAGUUUGGAGGUUAUGGCAAAAAAAGUUGAAGAUGUGUUGAAGGCGCCUAACCUCAGAUCGGAAAUUGAUUUUAUGUCUGAGAACUUCAAUUCAAUCAAGCAAUUGGCUUCUCAGGAAAAAAACCUCAAAUCAGGCAUCCAAGAGGCUCAGACUUGCUCGCUCACUUCGUACACAGCUGUCACCGCGACUCAUGUCACUGACCUACAAACCGUUCUGAAGGGAAUCGACGACAAAAUCGCGGCUAUCGAGAAACUGGUUGCUCCUCUCAUCGAGGCUGUCACGGCUCCCGGAUUGGCUGAACUCUGCGAUGUAUUCAUCAAAAUAUGUGAAAGUGGGAAGCUGGCAGAUGUCGACGAGUUUCGGAACCACGAGAAAUUCCCGACACUGAAGAAAGCAGUUGAGAAAAUCAACGAGGUUGCAACGAAGAUUGGUAAUGUUGAGAAACCAACCACUAUCAAAGAAGAUGCAGCGACUGCUAUCAAUAAGCUGACCAAUUUGGCACUAUUCCACACAGAACUCGAUAAUUAUGCUCAAUUUUUCGGUUGUCUACAGACUAAAAAAGGAGUCAAACUGCUCAUCGCCGCUCAUGACAGAAUCAAAACAAUCCGGUCGUUUGAUCAAAAGACGUCGAAUUCUCUCAACAAUGGUUUGGAAGUGAUGAAGAAGGUGGCCGGGACGUCGGAGGACUUGAAGAAGUUGAAAAAGUCAAUUGAUGGCAUGAAAGGAGUCACGAAUGCAGAGAUUGACGGGUUGAAGGCUCUCCCGGAUCCAGGGAAACACUCGAAAACCAUCGGAUCAGCGGUUCAAGGUGUCUCCAAUAUGAAGAAUGCGCUGGAGAAAAAGUCAGACUUGGAUUCUCUCGUUGGUGGUCUGGAUGUGGUGAAGAAGUAUCAGAGCAAGAUGAAGCAAAAGGAGCUGGAUUCUCUGAUGAAGCUGAAGCCCACUUUUGAUUCCAUGUACAAGUCGCUGACCACUUUUGAGUCAUCUGUCACGGCUCCGAAGACUACAACAACGCUGGCGGAUCAAUCUGAGAUAUUUGCCAAGGCUAAAAGUGUCACUGGAGUCUCGGUGGAUCUUCAGAAGAUUGCGGAUAGUGUGAAGGUGUUGAAGGAGCAAGUGGAUGAUGUGGAGGAUAAGCAGAAGUUGGAGAACUUGGAGACAUCGAUCCGGAUGGCUGACUCGAUGGGUCUAGAGUUUUCUGGUUAUUCUAAAAGUUUUGAUGGAUCCAAGGCCACUCUCGCUGCUUUGGAUAGUUUCUUUGGUGGUUAUACGAAGAAAGUGAUGGAGGCGACGUCGGGGAUGAAGGGAAAGGAGGAGAAACCAAUGGACUUGACGCUCCUCAUAAUCGCCGCCGGAAUUCUCCUUGUGACACUUGGCUCCAUCGUUCUCAUCAAUUUCGUCUGGUACAAACUCUCCUUCUACUCGUACUCCUCGACAUUCCCAUGCUUCUUCCCACAACCAAACUACUGGAAACCGCAGCUCGCCUUCUUCAGUCUCGCCGUGCACCGAUUGACGACUACGGUGAAUUCAGACUACAAACUAUAUAAGCAUGUGGAGACUAGUGAAAGUGAUAGCAAGGAGGAUCCUGUAGUGAAUGAUCUUGUACGAAAGUGCAAUGGUCUCAGAAUCUACUUUGACAAAUUGUAUAAAGAGGAUACAAAGAGAGCCAACGACACGGUGGAUACGAAAGAUUUUGGAUUGGUUGAGGAUCGGCCGAUUACUUAUUCUGAUGAGAAAGUGGUCCUGACGGCUAGGGAUGUGGAUCCACCGGAAGAUGCCGAAAAGGCUCCUGCCAACAAGACCAAGACACCUCAGGAAGUGGAUGCUAAGGGCAAGACACCGGCGGAUGGGAAGGCGAAGGUCGCCGCCACGGCUACCGACGAGAAGAAGAAGGACAGAAAGACAGGCGGCGCUGACGUGAAGACAUCUCAGACUACUUCUCAAGUUACUAGUAAAACUGAAGCGACUAGCAAGAAUUCUAAAGUUAAGAGCACAAUCUCCAAGGUCCAGAAGAACAAGACGACGACUAAAGGCAAUGCUUCCCAGAAACCGACCCCAAAGGCUCAACCACAACAACCGGAGGAACCGACUGAAAAACCGAUCGAUUGGAAAGAUUGCAGAGACAUCCAAAAGUACAUCAAGUCAACUCGCCCAAUCCUUACUGGAUACGGAAACCGAUUCAAUAAUGAUUUCAUCGCCGCGAGCCACUUCAAACUACCGUACCGUAAAGAUUGGUAUCUUUGUGAGUCGCCGCAAACGGAGUCUAAGAGAACACACUCAACGAUCGGCAAGUUUUGGUGGAUGGUGAAACAGAAGAAGGCCAGAAUGAUUGUGAUGUUCGCUGAGACUGAGUUUGCCAGAAAAGAUUGCUCCAAAUACUUCCCCCUUGAAGAAGGAGUCGAAGAGUCAUUUGGUGGUGACUUGAAAGUGAAGUGUCUCAAAAUCGGAAAAGAUAAGCACGGCGUGGAAUAUCGUAAGCUCUCGGCAAGAUUUGGAUCUGAAAAACGGUUCACAGUGACUCAUUAUUGGUUCACCACCUGGAUUCGUCAACUCAGAACUCCUGAGAGACAAAAAGAUUUGGUCAAGAUUCUGAAAACUGCGCUCAGUCAACGCUAUCCGGUUGUGGUUCAUUGUCCGUCGGGCGCUGUUGAGACGUCAAUGUUUGCACUCGCCGGUCACAUGAUCUGCAAUAUCUACAAAAAGAAGACGAUGGACUUCCAGGCCUCGCUCAUCGCAUUGCGCUCGUCUUGCUACUAUGCGCUUUGCGAUAGUGAAGACUACGCGUGUGUCGGAAUAUUGAUUAUGGAAUUUUUCGCUGAGGGAAUCGACAUCGAGAAAAUUGGUGAUGAGGAGUUGAAGAAGAGGUAUUUGGAAGUGCAGAAGUUUUGGAUGAAAUGGCCAGUAACCUUGAGCCGUUCAGAAAAAUAUAAUUACGUUCCCAAGUAUGCUGCUCGCGAAGCACCUCCAUUCGAUCCGACGGAGUAUCAUAGCGGAUCGGAUAAAGAUGAGGAUUGA